CCUCCACACUUGGCAUAUUGGCGGCUUGUAAACAUCGUUGCUAAUGAAUCCGUGAUCUGUGCCAACUAAAAAGUACUUCAUUGUUAUUAAAAUUAGUGCCACGGUUAACAGACAACAACUAUGGGUGUAAAUCGGAGUCCUUCACCCAAUCGGUCACGAUCUGCGAGUGCUGAAUCGAACAGAUCUGCACAUUCUAAUGCUAGUGCAGGUUCCGGAUCACGAUCGCGCUCACGUAGCCGAUCGCGUUCCGGGUCCGGCAGUCCAGGCACAAACAGGUCAAGAUCUCAAUCAAGAUCAAGAUCCAGAUCAGGAAGUGCUGGCAGUAGAAGAUCAAGUGCACAUUCGGGGAGAAGCGGAUCAAAAUCGCCUUCACAACAUAGUGGAAGUCGAAGUAGAAGUGGCAGCAGAUCAAGAAGUGCUGGGUCAAAUGUUAGCAGAGCAUCAAAUCAGUCAAGAUCUAGAUCUAGAAGUCGUUCUAGAUCACGAUCACGUUCUGGUAGUGCUCAUUCCAAUAGAAGUAAUCGCAGUGGACAAUCUGCAAGAAGUGGGUCUAGAAGUCCAAGAAGUCAAAGAAGUAGGAGUAGAAGCAGGUCAAAAUCAGCCGCAUCAAGAAGUAGAUCUCGUUCAAACACACCGAAUGAUGCUUCCACAAAAAAUAAAUCACCAGCAAAAGGUUCCGACAGCGAGAACGAAGACAAAGGCGCCGACGCUGCUGAUUUAUUCGGUGAUGCUGAUGAUAUCAGCUCAGAUGAAGACAAAGCAAAAGAAGCCGCACCAGCUAGAGACGAAAGAAGCGAUGAUGAAGAAGCUAGACCCGAGCCAAUGCAACAAGAUGACCGCUCGGAUAGAUCAGCAGAUGAAGAAGACGCAGAGAAGAAAGAUGAAGAAAAAGAAGAGGAACAAGAAGUCGCUCCGGAAACAAGAAUCGACGUGAAAAUACCGAAGAUUUCCUGUGAUUUAGGCAAAGAAAUUCAUUUCGUCAAACUACCAAACUUCUUGUCCGUUGAAACGCGUCCGUUUGAUCCUGACACAUACGAGGAUGAAAUCGACGAGGAAGAAACACUAGAUGAGGAAGGCCGAGCUCGAUUGAAGCUAAAAGUUGAGAACACCAUACGCUGGCGUGAGGAUAUAAACAAAGAAGGCGAUACAAUUAAACAAUCAAAUGCGCGAUUGGUUCGUUGGUCGGACGGGUCGCUGAGUUUACAUCUAGGCUCGGAAAUAUUCGAUGUGUAUAAACAACCACUGCAGGGUGAUCAUAAUCAUUUGUUUAUCCGACAGGGGACGGGUUUGCAAGGCCAGGCUGUGUUUAGGACUAAGCUAAGUUUCAGACCACACUCUACAGAGAGCUUCACGCAUCGCAAGAUGACGCUGUCGUUGGCGGAUCGCUCGCAGAAAACAAGCGGGAUUAAAAUUCUCUCACAAGUGGGGAUUGAUCCUGAUAAAGAUAAGAAAACAUUGUUGAAGAAAGAAGAAGAAAAACUUAGGCAGACUUUCCGACAAACAAAACCACGCAAACGCGGUGAUGGUAGUCGCCUACACGCCAGUCAAACUUACCGUGAGGAAGACGGCAGUGAAGACGAAGGCGCCAUUUCACUGAACGCCAUCAAAAACAAGUAUAAAUCAGGCGCUAACAUUACCAAAGGCGGCGCGAUUUAUUCAUCGGAUGAAGAAGGUUCUGACUUUGAAGCACGCCGGUCGAAAAAACUCGACAAGCCGAAAGCACUGAAAGACUCCGAAUCAAGCGAAGAUAGCGAUUAGUUUUCAUUUCAUUUCAUCAACUACAACUAUUAUAUAAUAUUUUAAUUAUAAUUGACCUAGUAAUCUUAA